UGUAACUCGAGGCAUUUGAAUCAAGAUGCAAACCAUCCAGACGAUAGAGACACAGCUACCCAUCCUGCGAGAGCGUUUCCACUCCUCCCCUUUCAGAGAGAGACGUACGGAGAGGAGAAAAAGCAGCCUCACAAAUCUCAUCAGAAGACAACAGCAACAGUUAUUUCACCAGCAGCAACACUCAGACUUACAUCAGCACCAGUCCUCACGCUCACAGGGUCGCCCUGCACAUGCUCAGUUAAGCCGCUCUUCCAGCAGCCCGUUAUGCGACCUGACAGAGCGAACAGAUGACAGAGAGGGAGAGAUCGGGAGGCAGGGGGAGCUGUCUCUCCGGCAGUCCUCGGGCGCAGCGUCACAGCUCACAUCAUCGCAGCUGCUGCUUUCCUCUGUGGAGAGAGAGAGAGAUGGAUUAGAGAGAGUGGGGGAGAAGAGAGAGAAGCUGAGAGAAGGGGAGAAGAGAGAGAAGCUGAGAGAAGGGGAAAGUCUAUCCGAACACACACGUUCCCAACAUGGCCUGAUCGCUAAAGGUGUGCGCCUUCUGAGGACCAUGGGAAAUCAAGAGGCCAAACAGAAGAAGUCUGGGGAUGAAGGUGCUGGGGCGAGCGGCGAGGAGCAUGAACACCCCAAGAAGAUUAGGAAGUCCCAUAGCAAAGCCAGCAAAUUAUCAAGCGACUCAAGCAAGAAGAAAUCCAAAUCAGAAGGCUCUAAAGGUUCAGUGUUUUCCAACAUCCGCAUCCGAACGGGGCUGUCCCGGAAAGGGUUAUCCAAAGAGGAAGAGCUGGAUGCUGGGAUUAGGAUUAACAAUGCUGAUUCCAAUGGCAGCAAUAAUGGUGGCAUAUCGGGGGAUGAGCUGGAGGGUCUGACUUCUGACAGUAAGCUCGAUCGAAAGCAACUCACGGCCGAAAGCAGGCAGUCGACUCUAGACACGACGGAAGAUGAAGUCGAAAGAGAGACGGAGGGCUCAGGGUCGGAUACGGACCUCUACAGCUUUCACUCGGCAGCCGAGACUCAAGAUCUGCUGUCGGAUAUCCAGAGAACCAUCAGUCAGCAACAUCAGAUGAGAAGUAUCACCGGGAACCCGAGUUGUGGUGAUGGGGAGAAGGGACAGGUAGGGUCAAAGGGUCAGGAUGAGGUCACAGAUGGUCCUGUUAGUGGAGCUGGAGAGAUGGUUUCUUUUAUGAGUGAACUAGAGAGUGUAGAAAACUUUAAACGUAGUGGAGAUACUGAUGGAGAUGUAUUUAUUAAAGUGGAAUCUAGUGGACAGAAAACUGAUAUUACAAAUAAACAAAACAUGCCGGAUACUAUCACCAAGACAUGUAGCACACAAGACAUCACAGCUGUUUGCAAAUCAACCAGUAACUAUAGUUUUCAGGAUACCACGGCAACAACCACCUCCUACGAGAGUGCAGAGGAUAUUUUUGAGAGUUCGUUACUGUCUUUGCCACUCGAAGACUGUCGCUAUGGUAACAGCACCCUGACCCAAAGCCUAGAGGUUGGCCUAAAUUCAUCCGCCAGCAUUCGGCUUGAUGUCCCCCAGUUCAACCCUAUGUCAAACACCAUGCAACAGAAGAGCAUUAGUAGUGUGGAGCUGAACAUCGAACCGUGUGAAGAUGAUGAAGAAGAGCGAGAGAAGAUCAUCCUGAGAAGACGGAAAAGCAGCGCUGCAUCUUUCACACAGUGGUCAUCUGAGAGUUUUUUGGGCCCUGGGUCACAACCUCGCAGAACAUCCAGUACAAACCUUGGGGUUAAACCAUAUCCCACAAUACAGACCUCGUAUGUUAAGACGACCACCAGACAGCUCACCUCACCAUGCACCACUCCUUCACCCAGCCCGAUGUGCCCUCGCAGGGUCGGAUUAGAGUUAUGCUUAGGUCAGGGGUCACACAAAGCUGGCAGCUGGAGAGCACGGAGACAGAGGUCCUGCAGCAUUGCAGGGCCGGUGGGUUGUCAUGACGAAUGGGAUGAAGCUAUCCACAGUCGGUCAGAAUUUAUAGAAAGAGGCUUUCAGACUAUCGGACCCAGGAAAACAUCAACAAUCUUUCCAGAUGUGUUUGCAGGUCGCUCGCUGUUGGAGAGGUGUCUUAUGCAGUGGGGUUGUACUGAAGGUGACAGUGGCGCACAGGAAGUUGAGAGGUUCUGUUCCCGUAUUUUGCAUCUAGGAAUUUUACAGCCCUUCAGUGACUGCCUCAGGGAGCCGCACGCAGGAAGUGAUGUCACAGACAAGCCCACUUUUCAUGCAGAGCAGCUGUAUACCUGGGCUCCAGUGGGUCACAAUGAGAUCAGAACACCUAGGCGAUUGCAAACACUGUGGCCUCCAGCCUCUUCCGUAGCACAGGAUGGAUCCACGGGGCAAUCUGGGGUCGUUCCGGAAGGGAGCUCUGUUUCCAUUCAGGAGCUUGAGAGAACGAUUGAAGAAUUACUUGCGGAAAUAUCGGAUGUGGAAAAACAGAAUAAACUUUUGGACAGCGCAAAGUUUGGAACAAGGGAUGGACAAGUGGCUGGUUUUAAUCAGACUAUUAAACAUUCGCAAAAUAAAGUAAAUGAACAACAAGUUUUCAAGCAUGCAAAAGCCAUUCAGACCUCGCCAGUCGAGGAAGCCUUCAAAUCUCCUUUAUUGCCUUUAUUAGACCAAUCACAGACUCCCAAAUUAAGUGACAGUGCUGCUUCGCCAAUGGAAUCGCCAUAUGUCUGUAGCUGCCAAAGAACCAAACAGGAAGUCCCUCCCUUUGUACCUCAACUGCUUCCUGUUGAUUCAAUUGCAAUAUCAGCUACACAACCUUCAGCAUCAGGUGUAUCGAUACCUCCUCCCCCGCCUCCAGCCCCACUCCCAGGUAUGCCUCCGCCCCCUCCUCCUACACUUUCAGGUAUGGCUCCACCCCCUCCUCCUCCACUCCCAGGUAUUGCUCCACCCCCUCCUCCACCACUCCCAGGUAUGGCUCCGCCACUCCCAGGUAUGACUCCACCCCCACCUCCUGGCUGUGGACCUCCACCUCCUCCUCCUGGUUUUGGGCCCCCUCCACCCUUCAUGGGAUUGAUGCCACCGGGCAUGGCUCAAGAGUCUGCCCCCCUGAAGGCUGUCAUUGAGCCUCCACAACCCAUGAAACCACUCUACUGGACCAGGAUACAGCUGCAUAACAAAAAGGAUGCCAGAAGUGCUUUGGUUUGGGAAAACGUUAAAGAGCCGUUGGUUGACUUUGACGAAUUUGUGGAGCUGUUUGCCAAAAGCGCAGUGAAGGAGAAGAAGAAGCCCAUUUCGGACACCAUAACAAAAUCAAAGGCAAAACAGGUUGUCAAGCUACUAAGUAACAAACGUUCCCAGGCAGUAGGGAUUCUGAUGUCCAGUCUUCAUUUAGAUAUGAAGGACAUCCAGAACGCCAUCUUGAACAUGGACUGCUCGGUGGUGGAUCUGGAAACACUCCAGGCUCUGUAUGAAAACAGGGCUCAGAAAGAAGAGAUGGAUCAGAUUGAGAAACACGUCAAGUCUUCAAAAGACAAAGAGAAUGUGAAACCUCUGGACAAACCGGAGCAGUUUCUGCUGCAGCUCUCUGCGGUUCCUCAGUUCUCCGAGCGAGUUUUCUGUAUUCUCUUCCAGUCCAGCUUUACCGAGUGUGUUUCAUCAGUUCAACGCAAGCUGGAAACCCUGCUGAGAGUCUGCACGGUUCUACAGUCAGGUCAGGGGGUUUUGCAACUACUAGGUUUGAUCCUUGCUUUUGGGAACAUUAUGAAUGGGGGAAAUCGAAGCAGAGGGCAGGCGGAUGGGUUUGCCCUUGAAAUCCUGCCCAAGCUGAAGGAUGUCAAGAGCAGUGAUCAUUCUCAGAGCCUCCUGUCCUACAUUGUUGCUUACUAUCUGCGACACUUUGAUGAGGAUGCAGGUAAGGAAACAUGCGUGUAUCUGCUUCCCGAGCCCCAUGAUUUGUUUCAAGCCUCGCAGAUGAAGUUUGAGGAUUUUCAGCGUGACCUGCGCAAGCUACGCAAAGAUCUAAAUGCUUGUUCAGCAGAAACAAAGAAGGUGUGUAAUGUGUCAUCUGAGCAGCACCUGCAGCCUUUUAAGGACAAAAUGGAAGAAUUUCUAACUCAAGGGGUAGCAGGGUGGGGUCCUCACCAAACGUCCCCCUCCUCAUCUCAGCCGCUUUGAUCUGGAGACUCAUGGGUCUCCUCCGCCUGGAUCUCCGGCUCUCAAAUGGGUGACAUGACCAUGGAAAGACCCCCUCAAUCAUCCCCGUCCCACCAUACUGCCUCCAGUUAGAGCAAACAGACAGAACUGGUAUAGGAAAAAAUAACUGCCAUUAUUUUUUGUUAUUUGUAAGAUUUUGAAACUCCAGGAGAGAAACCGUCUCUGGCUCCAGUGUGCGUCAACCACUACUGUUUAUUUUUCAGAGCAUGAAAUUAACUACAGAAAGGAAGACAAAGUGAGUGAGAAAGUGUGUUAGAGAGAGAGAAAGACUGAUGCUGUGCUGUUUGGUCUACGGUCAUUAUAUUUCUACCGUUUUUCUUUUCAAAACGGGGAACCAUUUCCACAGCCCUGGACACAGAGCCAAUGUGAUAAUCUAUUUACCGCAGUCAAAAUAAAGUUCACAUGCUUUUAACAGGUAGAUAGGGAAAAAAUAUAGAAUUGCAACCAGGUGAACCAUGUUAGUGUAUGAAAAAGAAUGUACUGUAUAGUAUUACUUUUCCAAGUAUAUUGUACUUUUAACUGCUGACCCUCUCUGUCGCUAAAGGAAGGGAAAACUUGAUUUAUACAUUUUCUGAGGGCAAUAUUAGAGGUGUUUGCCUGUGUAAAACACCACAAUGUCUUAGGUGGCUGCUAGGGAAUAGCUAUGGUCACUAGCUCAAGUCAAAGCAGUCUACCACCAAGUCUCCAUCUUUCUCUGGCUUCCAGAUAUUCUGGAUUCAGAUUCAGACUUUCAUCUUCUGUCACGUCUAUCCGUCAUAAUCUGUCAAGUACGUCGGAUCCCUUCCUCUAUAAGCAAUAGUAAUAGCGGUAGCGAUGAGUGCCAUGAACCAUUAAUGACCGAACAAAGUAUUUUUCUUUAUUGUAGUACUAUAAAUAUUUUCUAUUCAUUUAGUUAGCUUUACAACUCUGGUGUCUGUGGCCAACAAGAAGAACUGUAAACAGAGUUGAUUUGUGUGCUGGGGACUGGGUUGAAUAGAACAUUUGUCGAGUCAUUUAAAAACCUGUUAAGACACUGGGAUCUUGGGUCCAUUUCUUAGUGGAUCACAGGUGGGACUCUGCAAGCAUUUGAGAUGGAAGUAAAUGAAGUGACAUUACAGCUAAUGACUUUAGAGACCUGCUCAUCCUCUUUCAGAGAUAUUUUACCUUCUAAAUAAUGUAAAUGGAUGCGGAUCAGUGACUGUCGAGCCAAACGACAGAAAAGCACCAUAAACGUAUCAUAAAAAUACUUUGGCACGUUUCAAUAGAUUUUGUGUAUUCAUUACUAUUGCCAUAUUCACUUUUAUUGAACGGAAAACAGCAGUUUGGACAUUGUGCAAUACAGAUCGCCUUUCGUGUUUCGAGGAAGAACAUAGCUUUUGUGAGACGUGUGGGUGAGAGCGUAAAUGAUGACAGAUUUUGUUUUUCAGUUUUUGUGUGGCCUGUCAUCCUGUCAUCAAAGCUUAUGAAAAAAACGUUUGCACUGAGAAUGUUUGCAUGACAGCAAAUGUUUCAACACGAUGAACAAAAUAUUUCACAUUGUGGGAAAAAAAUAAUUGUUUUGUUUUGAAAUAACAAUCCUCUGAUAACCUUUCUGUGAUAACCUAUGUCAUACACUGACAAGCAGUACAAAUACAUAUUUUAGAAGUAAAACAAUCGACUCAUUUUGAAAAUGUCUCUGUCCUAU